CGGCGCCACAUCCCGCCGGUACCGCACGUCACGCAGCGCGCCGCCCGGCGCGGGGGUUGCACGUCGCCGCCCGGUUUCCACGGCAGCGGGCGGUAACGGAAGCCGCGGAAUGGAGGGCGGGCGGGCCCCGCCGUGGGAGGCGCGGCUGGCGGAAGCCGAAGCGGGCCGGACCGAGUACCGCGAGGCUGCCCGGCUGCUGGCCCGGCGCAACGCGGAGCUGCUGCAGCGGCAGCGGCACUCGGAGAGGGAGGCGGCGGCCGUGCUGGCGCUCCUCGCGGAGCAGGGCCGGGAGAGGGCGGCGGAGACUGAGAAACUGAAGAAGGAGCUAAUUGAUUUGAAACAGCGAACACAAGAAGAGAACAAGAAACUGGAAGACCAUUAUACCCAACAAAUAAAAGAACUGGAAGAGAAACUUCAGAAAAAAGUUGAAGAAAUCAGCCAAAUUCAAGUAGAAUUGAAUUUAAUAAAGGAAUUCCGCAGAGAGAAAGCAGCUAUGGAGGAAGAGCUGGAAGGUCUAAAGAAGAAUAUCAAGAUCUCAAACAGGAGACAUCAGGAAGAGGUUGUGCAACUGGAGAGGAGGUUUCUUGAAGAGAAGAAAAGACUAGAAGAAGAUGCUGAGAAGAAGAUAAUGAUGACAAGAGAGGCUGCUCGACACGAAGCUGUUUUGCAGCUGAACAGCGUUGAGAGACAAGUUUUUAAAGAGAACAUUCAUCUUCAUGGUGCUUCAUCUUCUCACCUGAAGGAGGCAACGGAGUUACAGAAAAUGAAACAGAAGUUAGAGGAGGAUAAAAUUCUUCUGUCACAGGAAAAGGAAAUCACUGAAAGUUUGAUGAGAAAAAAGAUCCUACUGAUCAACAAGCAGAAAGCACAGAUAGGAGAUCUGCAAAAUAAAGUGGAAAAACUAGAGCUGGCCUUAUGUCGCAAGACUAAGGAAUUUGAGACAAAGACUCAAAAAACACAGCAUCAGGCACUGAUAGAAAACCAGGCUAGCAUGGUCGAGAUCAAGAAACUGCAGCACCUGCUAGAAAUGAAGGAUCAGGAGAUGAACCGAGUGAAGAAACUAGCUCGGAAUAUCUUAAAUGAGAGGACUGAAGUGGAAAGGUUCUUCCUGGAUGCUCUGGAACAUGUGAAGAGGGAGAUCAUAGCCAGCAGAAAACACUAUAAGGAAAUGGCCCAGGCUGUUUAUUACAGGAAAAUGAUGGAGGCGUGUGCAGGGAAGGAAGAGUUUCCCAAAAUCAAAACAUUUAAUAGCAACGUGAACAGCACAAAUAGUGUGUACAGAGACCUAGAAGAAGCAGAGAAAUGCUACUGGGAAAAUACCCAGUUUAAAAAAGUAGAUGUCAGUGAGUUGACAUGGGAACAAAAAGAGCGUGUCCUGAGAUUACUUUUUGCCAAAAUGAAUGACACAAAUCUAUGGAAAUACAGGAGAGAUCUGGCUACUUCAACUCCAGCUCCUGCUGAUGCUAACAAAGAAAGUAUAGCUGGGUAAGACACUAAAUUUUACUACACUGUUUAACAUCCCCACAGUCCUGAUAAUGUAAUUCUCUUUGUCAUCCCUCCUCCUUUCAAAAUAGUUUAUCUGAAGAUCUGUAUUGGUGUAGACAGAUGUAUACAAAGAAAUAUAUGUGUGACAAGUGAGGAAUUUGUUACUUUUAUAUUUCUAGUCGUAGUGAUCUUUUAGUAGGGGGUCAACUCAGCUUUUCAUGACAAACACAAAAAAAUAAAAAUCUCAUGCUAUCUUAAAGCUUCUUCUUAUCAAAAAAGCAGCUUUAGUAUUUUUAGAGGAAAAAAAGUGAAAGGCUACAGUUGUACAGAGAGCCAUAUUUUCAUCUAGAACAGAGAGUUUUGAUUAAAUGACAAAAUACAUUAAGCUGAUUUUGUAUUCAGUAUAGGAUCACUUAAAGGUGAUAGGUGUGUGGGGAGUGAUGUACAGGAACUGCUAAGUCAUGGCCUGAACCACUGAUUGAGCACCUGGGGAAAGAACCCGGUCAGCCCUGGGGGCACAGGUGAAGGCAAUUCAGCUGUGUGACCAGAAGGGGUGGAGCCUGGCUGCACCUCUCUGAGACCUCAUUUCAAGGCUGACUGCUGCUGGGGAAGGAUCUCUUUUUGGAGAUCCCUUCCUGGUGGUGCUUUCCCCUGUGAAUCUGGAGUCUUCUGAUACAUGUAAGCAAUCUUCUUCCUUUCCUUUAUAGCACCUUUCUAUUGUGCAGAUCCUUCUGUCGUUACAUCUCUGGUGAAAUGUGUUUUUCUAUCACAUUUAUCUGUCUAAUUGCUGUAAGCAUUCAUAUGCCUGGUUUUCAGAGACAGACUCAGAUGCGAUAUGCAGCUGUUUAUAAUACUCUAAGGCAAGCAAAAUCAAUUUACCCUGAAGAAAUGAAUGGAGUUCUACCAUGUUAUCAUGGAGCACUAUGUCAGAUAUGAGGCAGUCAAACACUCACAAUUGAAAUCCUAACACUCAGGAACCAGAUGAGCAGAUAACAUUCAUAAAGAAUCCAUAGAGGGAUUUUAAUGGGAAGAUGAGAGAGCUCCUUCUAAGAGGCUGACUGCCACUUCCAGAAACAGGUGUGGAAGUGACUGGUGGCUUUUUUUGUACAGACAGGGAAAACAGAAGCAGAAGUUGCAGAGCCCAGUUCUCAAAUAUGGUUAAACUAUUGAAAUGUACAUUUUUUUUAGGACUUACACUGUUAAACAGUUUUGAGAAUCUAGACUGCAAUGUCCUCCAGGCCAAAAAAAUAAAAACAAGCCAAAAACCAGGGGUUGACUAUAAAAUUGUGUUUUAAUAGAGACUGCAGAAAUUUGAAAUCCUUCAUAGUGAGAUUACAUUUUUGUAUAAUACAGAAGAUGUUCUUUACCUUGUAUAGCAUAUGUUAAUUAAAAAGAAUAACAAACAGGUGGGUGAAAAGCCAUAAUAGCAGUGAGAUGAAGCAUGUACAUCAUGAUGAGUGAGAAUCUGCAGCUUGAUCUAAAAAGAUGUUUAAUUAACUAAAAAGGCAGAUAAAAAAUUUGUAUUCCUGAUACACUUAAAAUAAUCUGAUUUCAAAAUGCUGUGGGAAAUGCAGAUGAUCAGAAAAUGAAUUUGCACACAAGUGUGGAAGAAGUGCAGUGACUCCUGCAGGUCUCCAUCCAGAAGGCAAGCUUUGUAAUAAAGACUAAUUUUGCUAUCAAAGUAAAUCUCAGAAUUUAUAAAAGAAAGAGGUUGUGCUUUGAACAGAAAAGUCAGAAUAGCAAUACUGAUUGGGAAAAAAAUCAGUGAUUCGAAAGCAAAUGACUGUAGACUGUAGUACAAAUUAUUACUUUAUAUUCCUUUCCCAGAUAUAUGAAUGAAUGUCAAGGUGUUAUUAGUGAUUUACCUAGAAUAUUUUAUCUUUUCAGCACAGAAAAUAUUUCUUCCAACCAGAUAUUCAUUACACAGCAGGCUGAAUUAUGAGUCGUCAUCUUGUGCAGUAAUCCUUCCAUGUACUCAGAUGUUAACACUACGGGUAGAGGAAGGCAGCGGUACGCAUGGCAUCAACAGGAACAACUUCCACAGCACUUACAGACUCAUCUGCAAUUUUCACUUUGCGAGUUACCUUGUGAGCAAAGCUGCAAUUCUACAACUUAUCUGCUGAAUGCAGCACUGGGGUGGUAACUUGAUUAAAGAUGUAUUUUCAGUUUGCAAUAAAGUCAAGUGUAUGGGGCUUAACAGCUUUUGCGAUCACAUAAUAGAUAUGUGGAAAUAGAACCAAGGCAUUCCUUGGAAUGCUGUAUGAGGAAAUGACUACAGAAGUUCUUGAAAUACUGUUUUUCUUUUUUUUUCUUUUUUUUU